AAGAUUGUAACAAGCUAGAACGCUCUCCGUUGUGGAUCAAGGAAGCAGUGAGAAACAACGGCGGAAGUGGGGAUCGUGCGCCAUUUUCUAUUUUUGUAUAGCAGUGAACUAAUGUUGUGUGUGUACAUUUUGUGUGAUAAAUCGAUGGAUUAUUAAUAAUUGACGGAGGACGUGUCGAUGUAAUGAAAUGAUAUUCGGAAACACGUGCUUCGAAUUUCACGCAAUUAAUUUUUUUUGCGUUUAUCUUCUAUAUAACUGUGCGUAAACCCGUAGCUCGUAGCACGUAAACACUUUUUCUUCAUUUCUCUUUUCAACGAGUGAGAGUGGCCAAGCCAUCGUAUUGGAACUGUUACUGGCAAUCGACAUUACUAUCAUUUUGUCCGAUCGCAAUUUUUUCCUCGCUUAAAGAUAAAACUGAGAUAUAGAAAGGAAAACCAGUCUGUGAUACUAAACAGUACUAAGGUAUAUAGCUAGAAUAUAAACUCUUCAAUUAGAUGUACGUGUGUAUGGCGUAUGAGACGUAGAUAGAUCACAUAAAAGAUCUAAAAAAAAUAAAGUCCGUAUAGUGUGUGCUGUGAAUUUACCUUAUUCGAGGAAUAAACGUAGUGAAGAACACAAUGUCUCAGGAAUCUGUGACAAAUGACAAACAACUAUCAACUUCCAAAGAUAAAGGAGAUGAAGCAAUUAUAUCUAUGUCGGUAGCCGGGGAAGUAACCGACACUUCAAUUAUGGAAGUAGGCCGUUCAAGACCUCAAUUCCAAUAUUCCCGGGAGGAAUUAAUGCUGAUAAAGAGUUUGCCAUUAUCUAAGAGGAGGCCUGAUUUCUUAGAUACCUCAUAUAACAAUUCGCGUGGUGUAUGGGAUCCUGAACGUUGGCAUUCGGGUAGGAAGCGAAGUGAUACACCACCAAAAGAUGAAAGAACUGGACGCGGUGAUCAAGUUACUGAAAAUCAUAACAAACGUCGCAAUGGAGAUCCACGUGAACGAAUUCGUAAGGAACAAGAUGGAAUAGUAUUGAGUCCUCAACGUAGAAGUUUUAAUUCAGGUUGUUUUGUCAACGUGAAUCAACCUUCGAAUCGACGUCCUGAAAGUCCAAUAGGAAAAACAGAGGUUAGCCAUAGAGAACCUGUUCGACGAAUUGGAAGCGGUAGAAUUUUAACUCGCGAUAUAUGGGACUUUAGACCAGAGAAUGAGAAAUUAGAACCUGCUUUUCGAUCUGGAGCAGGUGGUGGUACUUCUAUGCGUGAUCGUGAUAACAGAGAUAUUCGCGAUGGAAAAGAUCGGGAGAAUGCGAGAGAAAGAGAUCGUGAUCGCGACAAUUUGCGUGAACGAGAUGAGAGAAAUGAACGGUUCGAAAGAAGAUCUUUUGGUCGUGAUUAUAGUGAUAGAGAAAGGGAACGAGAUCGAGAUAGAGCAACUGAACGGAAUGAUCGUAAUCAUCAAUCGGAACGUGAUAAGGAUCGUGGUCGCGAACGAAGAUUUAGUAAUGAUCGUAGACGAACUUAUAGCGAAAAUCGUAGUGAUGCGGAUGAACCAGAAUGGUUUAGUUCUGGACCAACAUCUCAACAUGAUACUAUUGAAUUAAGAGGUUUUGAAGAUAUCCCAGAAGAAAAAGCGGUGAACAAUAAUAACAGCAAUACUAAAAACAAAAAACAAACUCCAGUCCAGAAAAAACGCGGAAAGAAAAACUCAUUGGAAAAAGAUGAAAAGCAAAACGAAAAUUCAACAGGUCCGAAAGGACGAAGUACACCAACUACGAUGGAUCAAUCUUUAAACGUUGUAGCCGCGCCUCAUUCGCCGAUUUCUGAACAAAAUGAAUCAUCAUCUCUCGUACAAAAAACUAAUCACGAUUCUAAUGUGAGUACCAUGACUGAACAAAGUUGUGAGACAACAGAUAAUUCUAGCACCAUUAAUCAAAACCAAGAGGACAGUCAUCCUGAUUUCAAUCUUGAUGAAUUUUUAAAAUCUGAUACAUUCCCUGGCGUACCUGGGCUUUUAACUAAUGGAGUUGGUUCAAAUGGAGGUUCUUGUUCCCGAUUUAGUCAAUGGUUUAAAAGAGAGAGUCCAGUUCAACAAGUAGAUAGUCGUAGAACUUCUAUACAGGAUGAUAUAUUGAACAAUCUUCUUAAUGAUAUUACUGAGCCAAAUAUUCAAAUUCCGUCAGUGACAGAAUCUAAUACAUAUUUUGCUCCCAUUUCUCCUGCUAAUACGACAACAACAAAUAAUACUACAUCUAACACUACUAGCGUAAAGCUGCUAGAAAUGCUGCAGCGUGGAAACAAAUCAAGUCAGAAUGGACAAGGAGAUGCAGCUAAUACUGUCAUACCAAUGAUGAAAAGUUCAUCCAUUAAAGAUAUGGAAGUUGGUGGAAAAGUUGUGCAUAGUCUUGAAGAAUUAGAAGCACGUAUGCGAGGUGGCGUUCCCCCACCUACUUCUUCAACUGAUCAACCUCAUGUAAAUAAGACUGAAGAAGAUCUCUCUGCGUUUAAAAAAUUGCUUGCUCAAGUAACUGGAGGACAGGCUAUACCAGCGGCAAACGGUCCUAUUUCACAAAAACAACCUGUAACACUCAUACAAUUACUUAACUCACAACUGAAAACACAACCAAUUGCUCCCCAACAAUCGGUUCCAGAACCAAUGCAUACUACAACAUUUAAUCAUGUUGGUUCUCUUGGGCCAACUCAACAUCCACAUCAACACAAUGCACAAAUGCAACAUGAAAAUUUAAUGAAAGUAUUACAGAUUCAACAACAACAGAAACAACAUCAUCAACAACAACAGCAUUCAGAUAUGUUAUCUAUGAUGAUGGGUGGUCAACGAAUGUUAGGUAUGAGUCCCGUUCCUCCGGAAAUGCAAAUAAUGUUGAGUAAUGCUCCAACAAGUCAGGAACUUCUCCAAAGACCGGAAGCUCAAGCAAUUAUUCAAGGUCUACAACAAGGAGAAAUAACUAGACAACAUCUCAUACAGCAAUUACAGAAUCCAGCCAUGCAACAUCGUCACAGGGAAGUCUUAGUAAAUAUUUUGAAAAUGUAUGGUGGCACUACGCCGCGUACUAUAAGUCCGCAUCCUAGUGCACCUACACCUCAAGAUCAUAUUUUACAACAAAUGUUAUAUCAGCAGCAACAACAAAGAAUUCCAUCUCCUAUGAAUAAUGCUUAUUGUCCACCUUCAAUAAUAUCUCCAAAUUUGACUGCUAGUCCCAGUACAUUAACAGUACAGCAUCCAGUGAUGCAGCAUAGAGUUCCUUCACCACGGGAAAUUGUUAUGCAUGCUCAAUCUAUAAUGCAAAGUGCUUUAAUUAAGAAAAAGUUGGAGGAACAACGUGAAAACUUCCGAAAGCGACAAGAUCAACAGCAGCAGCAGCAACAACAAGCUCAACAAAGAGCAUCAAGUCCCGUUAACUCACCAGCAAAACAAACUAUGAGUCCAACACCACUUGCUUUUACUCCGACAUCAGUGUUACGUAAAAUGACUGCCGAUAAGGAACCUGAGGGUAAUAGUAAUGAUCCAUCGAAAUUGGGAACCCAAUCACAAACAUCUCAAAUGCAACAAAUGCAAUCUGCAGUUCAAUUGUUGACACAAGGAGUUCUUUCUCGACAUAAUACUUUACGACCACAGUCUGUUCAAUCUACUUGGUCAAAUCCAACUAUAAAACAACAUCCAGGUCGACCCAUAGUAAAAGGUGGUGGUGGUAGUGGUGGUAAUGGUGGUAAUCAAUUUCAAUAUGGUGGAAACUCAGAUUUCCAACAACAGCAACAACAACAACAACAACAUAGAACGGUUUCAAGCGUAUAUGGUAAUCCUGCACGCUCCAAACAUACCAUGACUAGUUCCAUAGCACAUCAUAAUGUUCCACAAUACAAUGUUGCUCAAAAUUCAAUGAUAAAUCAGAGGUCGAAUAGUAUGAAUAAUCAAAUGAAGAUGCAACAAGCUCCAUCACAUCUAGCUAAUAUGCAACAUCAACCACCGCAACAACAACAACGGAUUCUUAAUUCACAAAUGCAAAUGGUCUUAAAUCAAAACUAUAACUCCAGUCGUGCAGAUGGGCGAGUAAUGCGGUCGCAGCAAUUGAAUAUGCCCGUAGGUCGACAAGCAUCACCAGGUUUGGGAUACGUGGGUAGCAAUGGUGGAGAUCUUUCACCAACUUCAAAUCAGUUGGCACGAUGGUUUAGUCCAGAACUUCUCGCACAAGCUCGAGCUGGUAAGCUACCAGAGCUUGUCCAGACAAAUGUUUUAUCAUUGGAAGAAUUAGAAAGACUUCAACAUGCAUCAACUACAGUGCAUAAUUAGAUUUAUAUUAUAACUUUUCAUCUGUUUAAAUGCAAGCACAGGAUCCCAUCGGCGCAGUUUAUUGCUCUAAUAACUUAUAUAUUUUAAAUUAGAUGGCUUUUCAUAUUAAUCAGUCAGUAUGAAGAUUCACUUUAAUUAAGAAGAAAUCCAUUUCAGUAAAGAAUAAAAAAUCCUGCUUGCAUAUAAAAAGUCAUUUAGAUAAUAAACCUUAAUGGAAGUAAGGUUUAGCAAUAUAAGACCUACUUUGAUAAGAGACAUUUUGGACACGAUAGAUUAAUUGAACAGUAUUUCCUUUCUAAAGAUAGGAAAUAUUUUUUUCUUUCAAGUAACUUAUGGCUUAUUUAUAAUAAAUUUUACAAAAGGUAUUAGUUAAAAAACUACAAAUGUACAGAGGAAUAUGAAAUAAUGAUAUAAAAUCGAAAAUAAUUAAAAAAAAAUAAGCCAUUUAAAAACAAAUCUAAUUGAACAUCUUUCUAUGAAAAAGAGAUUUAUUGCUUAUAAGACUGAAAAAAAUAUAAAAAUUCUUAGUAUUGAA